GCGGCUGGGAAGUGGCCGUGUCUGUUGGACCCGGCGGAGCUGCGGGCGCGGGAGCCUGAGUGGAGAACGGAGCCAGCCGUAGGCAGCGGCGGCGGGGAUGGCGCGGGUCGGGCCGGCAUGGCUGCUGCUGCUGCUGGCAGUCUGGGUCGUCCUGCCAACGUGGCUGUCCUGUACAAAGGUCUCCUCACUCAUCGAGAGAAUUUCUGACCCCAAGGACUUGAAAAAACUUCUCAGGACCCGGAAUAAUGUGCUGGUGCUUUACUCCAAAUCUGAGGCUGCAGCGGAAAGUCAUCUCAGGUUAUUGUCCACUGUGGCCCAGGCAGUGAAAGGACAAGGCACCAUCUGCUGGGUAGACUGUGGUGACGCUGAGAGUAGAAAAUUGUGCAAGAAGAUGAAAGUUGACCUGAGCCCAAAGGACAAAAAGGUUGAAUUAUUCCAUUACCAGGAUGGUGCAUUUCAUACUGAAUAUAACCGAGCUGUGACAUUUAAGUCUAUAGUGGCCUUUCUGAAGGAUCCAAAAGGGCCUCCACUGUAGGAAGAUCCUGGAGCCAAAGACGUUGUCCACAUUGACAGUGAAAAGGACUUCAGACGGCUCCUGAAGAAGGAAGAGAAGCCCCUCCUGAUGAUGUUUUAUGCCCCCUGGUGCAGCGUGUGCAAGAGGAUAAUGCCACAUUUCCAGAAGGCCGCGACCCAGCUGCGAGGCCACGUUGUGCUGGCUGGGAUGAACGUCUACCCCUCGGAAUUUGAAAACGUCAAGGAGGAGUAUAAUGUGCGAGGCUACCCCACCAUCUGCUAUUCGAGUAAGAAAGGACGGUUUCUGUUCCAGUAUGACAACUAUGGGUCCACAGCUGAGGACAUUGUGGAAUGGCUGAAAAGUAAUCCACAGCCGCCACAGCCCCAGGUCCCCGAGACUCCCUGGGCAGAUGAGGGCGGCUCCGUUUAUCACCUGACCGACGAAGACUUUGACCAGUUUGUGAAGGAACACUCCUCUGUUCUCGUCAUGUUCCACGCCCCAUGGUGUGGUCACUGUAAGAAAAUGAAGCCAGAGUUUGAGAAUGCAGCAGAAGUCCUCCAUGGAGAAGCAGACAGCUCUGGUGUCCUUGCAGCUGUCGAUGCCACUGUCAACAAGGCCCUGGCAGAAAGAUUCCACAUCUCCGAGUUUCCUACAUUGAAGUAUUUUAAGAACGGAGAGAAAUAUGCAGUGCCUGCGCUCAGAACAAAGAAGAACUUUAUUGAGUGGAUGCGAAACCCUGAGGCCCCUCCACCCCCAGAGCCCACGUGGGAAGAGCAGCAGACCAGCGUGUUGCACCUCGUAGGGGACAACUUCCGGGAGACCCUGAAGAAGAAGAAGCACACCCUGGUCAUGUUCUAUGCCCCUUGGUGCCCACACUGUAAGAAGGUCAUCCCGCACUUUACGGCCACUGCCAACGUCUUUAAAGAUGACCGAAAGAUUGCCUGUGCUGCUGUUGACUGCGUCAGAGAAAACCAGGACCUGUGUCAGCAAGAGGCCAUCAAGGCCUACCCACAUUCCCACUACUACCACUACGGGAAAUUUGCAGAAAAGUAUGACAGCGAUCGCACGGAAUUGGGGUUUACCAAUUUUAUUCGAACGCUCCGGGAAGGAGACCACGAGAGACUAGGGAAGAAGAGGGAAGAGUUGUAAUUUCUGCCUCAGAGAAAGCUUUUCCAUUACACUGUGAAUAAUACCUGUUUUGUUGUUCUUUCUGAAUUUCCACGUGUUCUGAAGACAAAAUUUUUUAUAGCCGCUUAUGGCCAUUUUGUACAAUUUUGAAAUAAAAUUAAACCAAUUGUUUGGUG